AUGUCUCCUGUAGCUGCUGCUGAGCCAGAUGGGGUCCAGCCAGACAGGAGUGUCAGCAAGGUCAUUUUCUUCCUUUUUGUCUUUGGUGCCAUCCUGUUGUGCGUGGGAGUCCUGCUCUCCAUCUUUGGGUUCCAGACAUGCCAAUACAAAACCUUCCCAGACUGCAGCAUGGUGCUGAAGGUGGCUGGGCCUGCCUGUGCCGCCGUUGGGCUCGGGGCUGUGAUCCUGGCCCGCUCCCGGGCACGGCUUCAGCUCCGGGAGGGGCACCUGCGAGGCAGUCAGGCGGACCCCGACCGAGCCUUCCUCUGUGGAGAGAGCCGCCAGUUUGCCCAGUGCCUCAUCUUUGGGUUUCUGUUCUUGACAAGCGGCAUGCUCAUCAGCAUACUUGGCAUUUGGGUCCCUGGAUGUGGCUCCGACUGGGCACAGGAACCCCUGAAUGAGACAGACACUGCCGACGUGGAGCCCCAGAUCUGUGGAUUCCUAUCCCUGCAGAUCAUGGGACCCUUGAUUGUACUCAUGGGAUUGUGUUUCUUUGUGGUUGCCCAUGUUAAGAAGAGAAACAACUUCAAUGUGGGCCAGGAGGCCUCUGAAGCUGAAGACAGACAGAUCCAGAACACGGAGCCUGUCCAGGUCACUGUAGGUGAUGCCGUGAUAAUAUUCCCACCUCCCCCACCACCUUACUUUCCUGAAUCUUCAGCUUCUGCAGUAACCCGAAGUCCUGGAGCUAACGGUUUGCUUCCAAAUGAAAAUCCACCUUCGUAUUACAGUAUUUUUACCUAUGGUAGGACCCCAACUCCUGGGGGCCAAGGUGUGGGCUCUGAGAGAGAUUGUGAAUCUAUAUACACCAUUUCUGGGUCUCCUUCAUCCGCUGGGAUCUCGUACACUCCGCAUCUCUCCUCUGAACUGCCUCCCAGAUACGAAGAAAAAGAAAUCGCGGCAACCACAUCCUUAUCCCCAUCUUCUGAGCCUUCCCGACCGUGA